GAUAGCUGAAUUGGAAUAUUCGACCUCAAAAAUUUUGAGAGGAACAUGUGGGCAGAAUGGCGCAUUCAUACUAAUUAUGAAGAGAAAGGAAUGCUAUUUUUCUAUAGUAUUGCGACGAUAUAAUCAGUCAUAAGAUGUAGAUACGAGUAUCCAGGAUUGGCCCGUGAAUCUGUUAAGAAAAUCUGUCAACAAACUUGUUUGAUCAACACACUGGAAGCAGAAGAAUGGAGGUCUUUGACGGUACACAUGUAUUGCUGGUUUUAUGUUCGUAUAUUCUAGUUGUAUUCAACCACCCAUCACGAGCAAAUACAUGCACAGUCGGUGAGGAUACUGACUCAUCGCGAUUUGACACAGAGAUUGUCUUUGGACUGUUCCCAAACGGUCAGAAUUCCACCGAUCUAGGGGAGUUCGGUAGCAUCACCCAAACGACAGCAGCCAAACCAGGAACGGAUAUCACCUUUUCCCGUCCUUUCAGCGGGGCAUUCCUGGGCGUGACGGUUGACGCCAUACCCGACCAAAAGAUCGUCACCUUCACACCAGCUACGACUGUCACAAGAACGACGGGUUUCAGUCAAGGAACAUUGCGCAUCAUAUCGGUUGACCCGAUUAAAACCUUCGUUUAUGGGUAUAAUAGCGCUAACCUCACGUUCGGAGCAAUGGGCACCAUCCCGCUCGAAUACCUCGGUCAAGAAUACUUUGUGGUUGUCCGAGCAAACCCUGGUCUUGGCCAGGUAGUCAUCUCGUCUUUGGGGCAACCUACUCUGGUCAAGAUUUCCCCUAACGCGGUAUUUGAAUUCAACGAGAUCCUCUAUGACGGAACUGAAAAUCUUGUAAUCGAGAUUCCCGCCUGGGGUCAAAUGACUGUUACGGCUUCCUCAAAUGAUUUCACGGGAUCAAGGAUCUUAGCCAACCAAUCCGUAUCCGUGGUGAGCGGAGCAGCAUGUGCCUACACUACCAAUGCCAUAGAUGGACCAUGUGACUACGCCAUAGAGCAGCUGCUACCCUACGAUCGCUGGGGCACUGUCUUCAAUGUGGCACCGUUUAACGGAGCCUCGGCUUCUGGUUACUUUGUCCAAGUGACAGCAGCUCGGGACAAUACCACUGUAAUCGUAAAUGGAUCUCAAGUAGAUCUUAACCAAAGACAGACAUUCGAUUUUGACGUUGCAGAUGAUGCCAUGCUAAGAAUCACCAGUAAUCAACCCGUGCAGGUCAUCAAGUUCAUGAAGGGUACCAUCUCCAUGGUCCUAGUACCUCCAGAAGAGCAAUACACCAACCAAGUAACUCAUGUCUGCAUGAACCCUAUACAGGGCCAUUCUUUCUCUCACCACUUCACAAUCGUCACGUCAUGUUCCAGCAGCUCUGGUCUAAGCGUCGUCUAUAGGAAUACUGGAGCAUCAGAGACAACAGUGUCUUUGGGUUCCUUCUCCUUUUUGAAUCACAGUGGCAUGUGUGCCUUCAGUGGUUCCGGACAGGAAGGUCUUACAUACAAAAUCGCACAUUCAGAUCCGCAAUCUACGUUCUACGUUGAGGCUUACGGGACGUCCCCCUCUGGUAGCUUUGCUUUUGUGGGAAAUCAACUAUACAAGCGGUUGAGAUGCAUCGACUACGGUAACGAAUUCCUGUUCGGAACCACCCCAACUGUAGCCACAAGUUCCGUGUCGCAAGUCAACACGUCGGAGACAACGGAAGGGAUAUUGGCUACUACAAGGGAAUUUACAUUCCUAAAUGUUCCGCUUACAAACUACACUAUUGGAAGUACUUUGAGUGAUUCGACAAUUGAUGUGGCAUCUACAAUAGACACCGUGAUAUCAGAGACAACCAUACCUGCCUAUAGUCCUACUCCAAUCGUUAAUACGACACCUACCACUGGUACUACUGUAGCCGCUGUUGCUUCUAUUGAUGUUUCUAAUUCAACUGCCGCUUCGGCUGAUAAUGGAUCUACUUCCCGUAUCAUUACUACCGGUACUUCCAAUAUCACUACUAAUACAAAUGCUACUAGUUCUACAGCUGCUACCCUGAAUACCCUGGAUAUUACUUCUUCUGUUGUCUUUGCUCAUUCUUCUGCUUCAUCUGCUGAUUCUAACGGUAGCGUUUCUGCUAUUGCUACCAACACCAGUAUCACUGCUUCUUCUGUCUAUACUGGUAAUACCUCUGCGUUUGUUACCACAAAUUCUUCCUUGGCUGGACAUCCUGCUCCAGUUACGACUGAUUCUGCUCUUGAUGAUGCUACAAACACACAUGUUAGCACAACCGUUGCUGUUGCUUCAUCUGCUGAUGCAUUCACCUCUACCGCCAGCACUUCCUCUCAGGCUACGAGUUCUGCAGGGGAACCAAUGCCCACAAAUACCCAUUCCUCGACAAUCAUAAACCAACCUUUACCACUAAUCAAAGAGCUCCAAGAAACCACUGCACAUUUAUCACCAGACGUCGGACCCGACAACAGCGUGCGCGACUUCGACGAUUCCCAGAGAAGUGUCAGCCUUUGUUAA